AUGGAAAUGCAGGAUCUAGCCAGCCCGCAUAGCCGACUAAGUGGUAGUAGUGAAUCCCCCAAUGGUCCAAAACUUGAUAACGCUCAUAUAAAUAGUAAUUCCAUGACACCCAAUGGCACAGAAGGUGACAUGACUCUGCUCAACACUGCAGACUGGUUGCUAAGUACUAGUACACAGACCACUGCAGGUUUGUCUUUGAAAGCCAUUAAAACAGAACCAAUGAGCAGCAGUGAGAUUGCUACGACUACAGCAGACGAGUCUUUAGACAAUUUCUCAGGAUCAGCAAUUGGAAGCAGUGGCUUCAGCCCAAGACAAACUCAUCAGUUCUCCCCACCACAGAUUUAUCCUUCCAAACCAUACCCACAUAUUCUUCCUACCCCUUCCUCACAAACUAUGGCCGCAUAUGGGCAGACGCAGUUUACGACAGGAAUGCAGCAAGCUACAGCUUAUGCUACAUACCCACAGCCAGGCCAGCCCUAUGGAAUCCCUUCAUAUGAUUUGCUAUCACUAACUGAUUUAGGUGCAUUGUGGGCAGGCAUCAAGACAGAAGGUGGAUUGUCACAAUCACAGUCACCUGGACAGACAGGAUUUCUAAGCUAUGGGACAAGCUUUAGCACGCCUCAGCCAGGACAGGCACCAUAUAGCUACCAAAUGCAAGGGAGCAGCUUUACAACAUCAUCAGGAUUAUAUGCAGGAAAUAAUUCACUCACAAACUCUACUGGAUUUAAUAGUUCACAGCAGGAAUAUCCAUCUUAUCCUAGUUUUGGCCAGGGUCAAUAUGCACAGUAUUAUAAUAGUUCACCGUACCCGUCACAUUAUAUGACAAGCAGCAACACCAGCCCAACACCACCUUCCACAAAUGCAACAUACCAGCUUCAAGAACCACCAUCUGGCGUCACCAGUCAAGCAGUUACAGAUCCUGCAGCAGCAGAAUACAGUACAAUCCACAGUCCAUCAACGCCCAUUAAAGAUUCUGAUUCAGAUAGAUUGCGUCGCAGUUCCGAUGGAAAGUCACGUGGGCGAGGCAGAAGAAACAAUAACCCUUCACCACUACCUGACUCUGACCUGGAGAGAGUAUUCAUUUGGGAUUUGGAUGAGACAAUCAUCGUUUUUCAUUCCUUGCUUACAGGGUCCUAUGCUAACAGAUAUGGGAGGGAUCCACCUACUUCAGUUUCACUUGGACUACGGAUGGAGGAGAUGAUAUUCAAUUUGGCAGACACACAUCUGUUCUUUAAUGAUUUAGAAGAAUGCGACCAGGUUCAUAUAGAUGAUGUGUCUUCAGAUGACAACGGCCAAGACUUAAGCACCUAUAACUUCGGAACAGACGGCUUUCCUGCAGCAGCCACCAGCGCUAAUUUAUGCUUAGCAACGGGUGUGCGUGGAGGAGUGGACUGGAUGAGAAAAUUGGCCUUCCGUUACAGACGCGUAAAAGAAAUCUACAACACCUACAAAAAUAACGUUGGAGGUCUUCUUGGUCCCGCAAAGAGAGAAGCUUGGUUGCAACUUAGAGCAGAAAUUGAAGCUCUUACAGAUUCUUGGUUAACACUUGCACUGAAAGCACUCACACUUAUUCAUUCUAGGACAAACUGUGUGAAUAUUCUAGUAACAACUACUCAGCUUAUUCCCGCUCUGGCAAAAGUCUUGUUGUAUGGAUUAGGGGUUGUAUUUCCAAUAGAAAAUAUUUACAGUGCAACUAAAAUAGGAAAAGAAAGUUGUUUUGAGCGAAUAAUUCAAAGAUUUGGAAGAAAAGUAGUGUAUGUUGUUAUAGGUGAUGGCGUGGAAGAAGAACAAGGAGCAAAAAAGCAUGCCAUGCCAUUUUGGAGGAUCUCAAGCCACUCUGACCUUAUGGCCCUUCAUCAUGCCUUGGAACUGGAAUACUUGUAG